AUGUCGAUUGGUGUCAACAAGGCUUCCAACAACACCUCAUCAACAACUGCUACAUCAUCAUCAACAAUAGGUAAAUCUGGGAAUGCCAUCAAACAGCAGGGUUCCACAAAUACAUCAUCCACAGUGAGUACUAAAUCAACAACUUCCAAAUCAUCAUUGUUUGAAGAGGAUGAGGAACAAAUUGUCGAUACCAAAUCUAACAACAAUAAUCAAAAGAAAGGACAACAACACUCUUCUCAUGCCCACUUUUAUGCUAAACUUCAACAGGAAAAGAAUAAUGAUAAGAAGCCAUCCAUGAAUAUAGAUGUGUCAAGUUGGGGAAGGGAUGAGGAAGAUGAAUCGGAACAAACAAACAUGAUUGAAAGUGGUUUCUCCAACAUUAGAAAUGUUGUUUCAUCACAAUCUAAUAAUUAUCCUCUCAACAAGUCAACAUCAAAUCAGAAUGAAGUAACAGUAGAAGGAGAAUCUAAAAAACCAGAAGGCUCCAAAUAUAUUGCUCAUUUAGUUAAAGUGGCUGAGGAUAGAAAGAAGGAAAAGGAAUUAGCACAAAUGAGAAGAGUACAAAAACAAGCAGAGGCUAACAGUGCCACUACUUCCGAAACUCAAGUAUUUGUUACAGAAGAAUAUAAACAAUAUUUAAAGGAACAAGAAAGAUGGACCGAACAAAAGGAAAAACAAUUACAAGAUGAAAUUAACAAUGAUGUAACAAAGAAGGGAAUGGGAAACUUUUAUAAGAAUUUAUUAUCAACACCCAAUUCUUCUAAUGCAAGUAUUAACAUGACUCCUGAUAGUAAUAAUCAACAACAACAACAAUCAAAUGUUAUUAAUAAGCCUUAUGUUUCAAAGGUUGAUGAAAAGAAAGCCUUGGAGGAAACAAUUAAUAGAAAUGAUGAACAAGAAUUAUCAUCAGAAAAGAAGAGAAAGAGACAAGAUGAGGAUAUUUCAACAACAGCAACAAAUAAGGAAGAUUUGAUCAUUGCACCAAUUUCAACCAAUAUCAAUAAGGAUGAGGCUAAAUUGAGUGCUAGAGAAAGAUAUCUCAGAAGAAAGGCAGAAAAAGAGAAAUCAAUUGAAUAA